UGUUCGGGACGCAGCGCGUGUCCAGUCGGAAGAGAUAGAGCGCCGCUGCUGGUGUUUCCGGUGGAGUGAUUCACACACACAGAGAACUAACAUCAGCAGGCAUGCAGGACCCAAACGCAGACACCGAGUGGAACGAUAUCCUGAGGAAGAAGGGGAUUCUGCCUCCGAAAGAAACACCGGUGGAGGAAGAAGAGGAUGAGCAGCUUCAUCUUCAGUCUCAGUCUGUGGUGAAGACAUAUGAGGACAUGACCCUGGAGGAGCUGGAGGAGAAUGAAGAUGAGUUCAGUGAAGAAGACGAGCACGCUAUGGAGAUGUACAGACAGAAGAGGCUGGCGGAGUGGAAAGCCAACCAGAUGAAGAAUGUUUUCGGGGAGCUGAAGGAGAUCUCGGGGCAGGAUUAUGUGCAGGAGGUCAAUAAAGCUGGAGAGGGAAUCUGGGUGGUGCUGCACCUCUACAAACAAGGGAUCCCGCUGUGUUCGCUCAUCAAUCAGCAUCUGGCUCAACUGGCCCACAAGUUUCCUCAGAGUAAGUUCCUGAAGUCCAUCUCCAGCACCUGCAUCCCCAACUACCCCGACCGCAACCUGCCCACGCUGUUCGUGUACCGCGACGGAGAGAUGAAGGCGCAGUUCAUCGGCCCGCUGGUGUUCGGAGGGAUGAACCUCACCUGCGACGAGCUGGAGUGGCGUCUGUCAGAGUCUGGAGCAGUGAAGACGGAUCUGGAGGAAAACCCCAAAAAACAGAUCCAGGAUCAGCUGAUGACGUCCAUCCGCUGCUCAGCACAUACACACAGAGACGGAGAGGAAGACUCUGAUGAAGACUGAUGCUGGACACACACACACACACACACCAAGACAGAGAGGAAGACUAAUGUAGGCGAGACACACAAGUCCCCAUGAGUCUGUGUGCAUUUGGGUUCAAGUUUCCACUAGGAUAUAAAAACAAAUACACACACUCUAUGUCUGUCUCACACACACACACACACUAACACAAUCUCACACACAGGUCUUUUUUUCCGAGUUGUGGGGACAUUCCGUAGGUUUUCCUUGUUUUUCUACUGUGCACGCUGUAUAUUCUCUCAUCUACACCCAACUUAACCAUUACAGGAAACUGUUCAGGUCUACUUUCUAAAACCUCAUUGUGUGAUUUAGAAGUACUUUGAGAAAUGCGCACAUCAGCAACGUCCUCACAAUUCACUUUCUCCAGUAAUGCCCAUGACAUUAUACACAUGUGUCCUGUCCCUUGUGUUUAUAUCACACACACACACAUCUGUGCCAUCCAGAAGAGCAGGACCAGGUCUGAAACCCACUUUUAAAGCAGCCAUCACUCAACAGACUGUUCAGCAGAAGCGCUGCGUUUGGGCUGGUUUUAUUUUAUAUGAGAUUUGUAAUAAUGCAGCCUGUUUCAGUUCAGCGCUUGUCUCCGUUUAUGAUAUAAAAGUGAUUUAUUUGA